AUGUCCGCACCCCCAACUCAACAGCCCCAGGGUAUUCCCAUGCCCGGGCCGGGCCAACAGCCCACGCCUGAGCAGAUUGCAGAACUGCAGCGUCGAAUUACAGAGGACGCGCAAAAGGCCGGCAUGACCGUUCCGGAAUUCAUCGAGCAAAUCAAGCGACAGCGGAUGCAGGCCAUGCAGCAGCAACAGCAACAGCAACUGCAUCAGCACCAGCACGGCGACGGCAACGACCACGGCCACUCGCACGAUCACGACCAGGACGGCCACAACCACUCGCACCCUCACCAGCAGCAGCAGGGCCAGCCCCAGCCCAUCACGCCGGGACCGCCCAACCCCAAGGCCAUUGCGCUGGCCACGUUUUUGCGCGGGCAGGAGCUGAAGCCUCGCACUGUCAUUCUCAACGGCGAGCGCAAAGACAUGUUCCGAGGUAUUGCUGCUCCGGACAAAGUCAAACGUGCGCUGCGCAUCCUUCAAUCCCCCGCCUAUGAAAAGGCCCGCAAGAGGAACCCUCUGCUACCUGAAAUCACCGACCGCGCAUCCCUCGAAAACACCUUCAAGCUGCUGCCCCUCAGCAUGCUUGCCCUGCGAGUCUCCCAGAUCGAGCCCGCCUUGGGCCCCAACGGCAAGAAGGCCAAGCGCGUCAAGGGCCAGUGGAACGUCCGCAUCGAGCAGCAGCAAGAGGCGCAGGAUGAACUGUACUAUGUGUGGCUGUGGGAAGGCAGCCAGGUCAAGCGCAAGGUGUAUGCCGCUAUCUUUCUCGUCGCCAUCUUCGCCAUUGUCCUGUACCCUCUCUGGCCGCUCAAGCUCCGUCAGGGUGUUUACUACCUCAGCUGGGUCUUGCUCGGUCUUUUAGGUCUCUUCUUCGUCAUGGCCAUUUUCCGCGUCAUUCUAUUCUGCAUUACAUACUUUGCCGUCCCGCCCGGCCUAUGGCUGUAUCCCAACCUCUGGGAGGAUGUGUCCUUCCUCGACAGUUUCCGACCCUUCUGGGCCUGGCAUGAGACUGAGAAACCCAAGAAGAAGAAGCGCGCACAGCAGGGGGGCUCGACCAACGCGACCAUGGCCGCCGCCACUGGACAAGCCGCGCCUGCCAGCGCGACCACGACCGGCACCGAUACUCAGAUCAACACGGCAGCGCAGCAGCGCUACGUGGCCCCCAAGGUGGAGGAGCUACAGGAUGACGAGUAA